AUGGUGGCCGAAAGCGCGCUGGCCAACUCGGUCACCACCUGCAGUCAACAUGGCCAGAGUCUCUGGCUGGUUGCCGCUGGCUUGUUGGCCAUCGGCUGGUAUGUCUUUGUUGUUACCGUCAGCACAAUAGGGACUAUACAAGUAUUCAGAAGAUACUCCAAACCUCUUCCUAAAGCUACGAGAGCUCCUUCAGAUCCUAAUCUUCCUCAUGUCACCAUCAUCAGACCUAUCAAGGGCCUCGAACCCUACCUCUACGAAAACCUCUCCUCCAGCUUCCUACAGGACUACCCCAAGGACAAGCUCAGCAUCUCCCUCUGCCUCUCAUCAAGGGAUGAUCCCGCCUACCCAGUAAUAGAAAAGGUCCUCGCACGUUUCCCAGACAUAGAUGCGCGUCUCUAUCUCGAACCAAAGUAUGAAGACUAUGAGCUAGGGCCGAACCCGAAGAUCCGCAACAUGAGCCAAGCCUACCGUGAAGUAAAGGGCGACGUCGUCUGGGUAAUAGAUUGCAACGUCUGGCUAGGAAAAGGUGUUUGCGGAAGGAUGGCAGAGCGUUUGUGUGGACUAGACUCCAAGGGCCAGAAGUACAAGUUUGUGCACCACCUGCCAGUCGUUGUCGACGUUGAUAGCGAAGAGGCCGCAAAGGACUUUGAGAAAAAUGCCAUAUUCCCUCCCACGAAAGCCAUGAACGGCAACGGCAACGGCAACGGCACACUGAAAUCAGCUCCUGGAGGUAUGAUGGCUACAAAAUCUGCUCCAGCUUCACCUAUCGAAUCUAUUUGUUCAAUUGGUGGUGGUCGGCUAGAGGAAAUAUUUCUCGCCUCCUCCCACGCGAAAAUGUACUGCGCCAUCAACACAAUUCUCGUUGCUCCCUGCGUCGUUGGAAAGUCAACCAUGUUCAGACGCUCGCACCUCGAGCAGGUAACCAGGAACCAUGUCAUACCUUCUCGACCAUAUCCCCGGAAACCAGGCCUUGACUCCCUCUCUGAUAACAUCUGCGAAGACCAUCUCCUUGGAGAACGCAUGUGGAACGGCAAACUCGAGGAAGAAGAGGAAGGCCAGUCAUCAGAAUGGGGUAAACAUGACCUUGUCUUCGGAGAUCUCGCAAUCCAACCAGUCACAAAGAUGCGCACUUGCUCCUACAUCGACCGCCGAGUUCGCUGGAUCCGUGUUCGGAAAUUCAUCGUUAUUCUAGCUACGAUUGUCGAGCCAGGCAUUGAGUGUUUCGUUUGCUCCGCGUACCUCGCUUUCGGAAUUACCACAGGCAUCCCUCCCCUCCUAUCCGGCAGCCAGUACUGCUCAACUUACCUUUCGACAUGGUCAGCCUUUGGAUUAGUCUGGGGUCUAAGCGCAUUUGUCUGGAUGAUGAUCGACUUCUUCCUAUACCGAACCCUUCUUUCCUUCGUCACUAUCGAAGUAGAUGAAAAUACACCACGCUUCGCCCGCCCUCCAGCUCCGGGCUCGCUUGCUAGACGGCCAUUCUUAGAAUGGUUCCUUGCCUGGCUCGGUCGAGAGACCCUUGCUCUGCCUAUAUGGGUAUGGAGUGUCUUUGGGGGUGCUACCAUCGUCUGGAGGGACCGUGAGUUCAGAGUCGGCAUGGACAAUGUUGCCCACGCUGUUGGUCCAGUCUCCAAGCAACGGUCAUGCAAUGGUUCGCUUAACGGCAACCCCAACGGCCAAUCCCAACGUUCUUACGGCUCAGAUGACAGCUGCGAGGUUCGACGGAGGACGCCAAUAGAGAACCUCACUAAAAUGGGUAUGAAAACUACCGCUGCCGCUAUGGACCUCGACGAAACAUCCCGCUUGAUUUAA